ACAUCAUUAACCAUUCAAACCAGGUAGAGCAGCGGAAGCCAACCCACGUCUGGCCGGUCAUCCCUUUCCGCUGCUAUUUGUGUGUGUGUGUGAGCGCAGCGAGCUAACGAGGAUUGUGUGAUUCCUCGCCAAGGAUUAGCGGGGUUGGUUCGUCCUCAGUAACAUUAGAGACAGUGUCGCGGCAGCUGCAGUUAAAUCAAAGGCUUUAACUCGCUUUGUUGGAUGGUAACCGUUUAAUAUCCCUCUCUCUCCACUGUAAUAGCUGAUGUCAGUGCAGCUGAAGACUCGCCUUUUCGUCGCAUAGGUUACACGAGAACAUUGGGGUUUCAUUUUUCCGAACGGAAUUAUAAAUGGUAAAUCGAUGUGUAUAUUAAAAUAGAGGUGGUGUGCUAUGUGUGAAUUAUAACCGUUUAUAAGAGUAAUAACAGUGUAAAUGCAUAUUUCAAAGCGGCUAUCUAUUCUGUACCCUAUGUAGUUUAUUGGAUAAUAGCAUAGAUAUUCAGCAGCCAUUGAUCGCCACUAGGAAUGCAGUCAAUURCCACAACACAGUCAGUCCACUACGCUACUAUUGAAUAGGAUUAUUUUAUUUUCAGUGGCAGAUUCAUUAAACUGCAAAUCGAAUAGACAGCAGUUCAUCGGUUUAUUAAUGGCGUGUGUGUUUUUUCAGUCGGACCUCGUCAGAAUGAUGCACUGAAGAAGGACUAGGCUACAUGCAAGCGUCUGUCCAGAGGCUGCAGUAUAGCUGAGGGAUUGCGGCGCAAAGUUUUUUUUUACGGUUUCACCGUCUAACAUCAGUGGUUGGCUAUAAAGGGAGAAUCGUGAAUCUCGAUCGCCCUGCGCUCGGCGGAGACAUAAUGGCCACUCUACUGCGUAAAAUCGGUCUGAUUCGUCUUCACGACCGGGACACAGAGGACCCCAAGCAUCACCAGGGCUCGCUAAAGGGGACCAAGGGGAACACCAAGAAUACCAAGCAGCACUGUCAGACCACCAACGAGACCAACAACCUCCUCAGCACCCCCGAGAUCAAAGCGAAGAAGCUGGACCAGCACAGCAGCAAGGACAAACCGUCCGUAAAGGAUAAGCAACAGGGCAAGGACACCAAGGAGAAACAGCAGAUGGGAGGCGGAGGAGGAGGAGGUGGGAUCGGGGUUGGGAAAUCAGCGACCAGUGCCUCGAUACCACCACUAGCCCCUCACCGGCAGCACUGCACCCAAGUCCGGACGAGAAGACUCAUGAAGGAACUCCAGGAGAUCCGGCGGUUGGGAGACAACUUUAUAACUGUCGAGCUGGUCGACGACAACCUAUUUGACUGGAACGUCAAGCUCCACCAGGUAGACAAAGACUCGGCGCUGUGGCAGGACAUGAAAGAAACGAACACCGAGUUCAUACUGCUGAAUGUCUCUUUCCCCGACAAUUUCCCCUUCUCCCCGCCUUUCAUGCGGGUGCUCACCCCCCGGUUGGAAAACGGGUACGUGCUGGAUGGCGGAGCGAUAUGUAUGGAGCUGUUAACCCCCCGCGGAUGGUCCAGCGCCUACACAGUGGAAGCCGUGAUGAGGCAAUUUGCCGCAAGUCUCGUAAAAGGACAGGGGCGUAUCUGCAGGAAAGCAGGGAAGUCCAAGAAGGCGUUUAGCCGCAAAGAGGCGGAGGCCACCUUUAAGAGUCUGGUGAAGACYCACGAGAAGUACGGCUGGGUUUCCCCCCCUGUGUCUGACGGCUAAGGAAAGAGGUUGGCCAUGACGCUAGCUAGCCAUGCUAACCACGACACACCACGCUAAUUCAACUCCUCCUCCUUCUCGACCCUACAGCUCCAACGCUCCAGUUGUUUUGUUUUUAGUUUUUGUUGUUUCAAUCACCUCACUGAAACUCUUCAGAAAAAUGAACAAACGAACGCUUGUCAUCGAGGUCUACUUCUUCACUUUGCCGAUCAUUGCCAUCAUCAAGUCGUCAUUUCUCCACAUCCCUCCAGCGCUGCACUCCUCUGUCCUUCGUUCCCGUUCCCUCCCUCCUUCACUUUCUCUUUCUCUCCCUUCGGCUGAGUAGAGGGUUCAGAGUGAGGUGUGUCUGUCAGUGGAGGGUGUGUCAGUGGAGUGUGUGUCACAGCGGGCCAUGGAUUGGGUUUCCGACACGCACACACACACACCCACACACACUGAGGGACAUUCAGACAAACUGUGUGUGGAUCUGCGGGUAAAGACUGUGAAAGACUACUGCAAAGAGGGCGAUGUAUUCUCCUCUCCAACCUUUACCCCACCCUCCCUGCUCACCUUCCCUCCACUACUCUCCUCCUCUCAUCCUUCUCUCCAAGCUGACACCACACUGCACUGAACUGUAGUCAAACUUUCCAUCCCCUCUGCCUGCUUGAUCAUUUACAUACAAACCAGCCUGUUGAUGUUUAAUAGACUGGCUGUGCAGGACGGCAACUCACGCAUUCACCCCUUCUUUAUCUCUUCUUUAUCUCUUAUUUAUCUCUUAUUUAUCUCUUUUUCUCUUAUUUUUCUCUCUGUUCCUUUCUUUUCCUUUUGACUGUGCUGUUUUUCACAGUUCAAUGCAACAUGAAGAUUGUAAUGUAUGCAGAGCUGUGUUCUCUAUCUCUCUUUCUAUCGUUCGUUCUCCUCACUCUCAUUCUCUCCCUCUUUGUGGCUAAAUUUAGACCUCACUGUGUUGCGUACAUGGUUAUUGAUUUCUAAUGGAGAAAAAACAUUACUUGUUUUAUACCCAGAGACUGUACGAUGAAGAGAAUGGCAGAACUACAGAACUCUCUCUCUCUCCACUCUCUCUUUCCUCUCUCUCUCUAAUCUUUCUAGCUCUCUCUCUCUCUCUCUCCACUC